AUGUCAACGGUUGCUUUCGCAUCCAAGUCCCCGUACCCGAUGAAACAGAAAGACGCCCCACCGCACGCUGGCAAAGACAAAGAGAAGGAAAACCGCCGCCGGCGGUCCUUGUCGGCCUUCACGCUGCACUCGAACACGUCCUUCGACCAUCCGAAGCGGCGGUCGUUCACCAGCAGCAGGCGGUCCUUCUCGGCCACCUUCCGUCUCAACGAGGCCUCCUCGGCGGCCCCGCACAGCAGCACGGGCCCUGACAGUGGCAGCCAUGCCUCCAGCCCCGUGCACACGAGAGACACGGACAAGCUGAACCUCAAGACACACACGGCCGCAGGCAAGUCGAGGCCGGCGUCCAGGUUCUUCUCCUCCCCGCAGUUCUCGUCCUCGACGCCCAACCUCACACCCAAGGUCGCCAAGUACAUCGACUCCGAGCUCCGCGUCUCCCACCGCCCCGUGCAGCUCGACGGCGUCUCCCUUAUCAUCCCCACCAUCGUGUACAAGUGCUGCGACUUCAUCCGCUGCAACGACCCCGUCGAGGGCCUCUUCCGCAUGAACGGCUCCAUCAAACAGGUCAACCUCAUCGAGUCCGAGCUGCAGAAGAACGUCGACGCGUGCGAGUUUGCAGACGACCCGGUCACCACCGUCCACGACGUCGCCGUUGUGCUGAAAAGAUGGAUCUCCAAGCUCGACGACGGCCUCAUCACCGCAGACGUCUGCAACUCCCUCAACCAGGCACACAAGGAGCUCAUGCUCCCAGACUACCCGAGCGAGUUCGAGGAUGCCGACGCUGACGCUGACGGCGAACUUUUCCUGGAAGCAGAAGACUCUCUUGAAAACAUCGACCAAAAGCUGAUCAACAUGGAUCAGUCCUUCACCCUCCAUUCCUCCCCGACCAAAUCCACCAAGUCAGACAUAAAAUCCGUGCUCUCCACGGCUGCCGCUGCCGUAUCUCCCUUGACGAGACCACGUACAACGAAGCCACCAACUGAUACCACAAUUACCCCCACUAGCACUACCACUACAGCUACACCUACGUUCAAGGACCACCUGGUCCUGGAUUCAUGCUACGCAAGCAGUCUCUCGAAGUUGCCCAUUGAAAACUUGCACUUGCUACUCUACCUAUUAAGUUUCCUCCAUUACUUGGCCAAGCCUGAAAUCUCAGAUAUCACAAAAAUGCACACCUCCAACUUGGCCAAAGUCUUCCAAUUGAACUUCUUUAAAAGCAUCGAUUUGACUGUGGGAACGAAGAGUUUUAGCGCAGAAGACUUAAAAACCUCGUAUCUGAUGAACGAAGAACUCCUUGCCUCAAUGAUCCAGAAUUCGGAAACAAUCGUUAGAGAUCUAACGUUCUUCGUUAACAACCACAGGGACGAAAUGGAUCAUUUACUCAACGUCAAGCCUGAACAAAAACAGUCGAAUAUAGCCCUAGCGAAAAACAGGAAAAGUUCUUCGGCUUCGACAAAGACAACAAACACAGCGUCUUCCGUCUCUCGUAAUACCUCGAUUGACUCAGGUGCUCCUGCUAGCAACAUCCGUGCUACAGAACUGAGUACAACUUUAGAAUCAUGUGAAGAAAAAGAGGUAACUCCAGUGCCCCGGAAUGUUACUAAAGGUUCAAGGCUAGAUGACUUGGAAAGACUUGAAAAGGCCAACGAAGAGAGAGAAGUGAUAAGAACUCCGAAUAGAAAUAUCACCGAAGACCAAUCAGAACAUAAAGCAAAGAAAGAUACGAGUUAUGUGCACACCGGCGCUCAUCCUGAUAAUUCAGAAGAUAAUACCCGUGGCUCAGCAGCUCCAAAGAAGGAUUUGCCGAAGAAAGAGUUGGCCAAAAGACGAAGUUUUUUCGGAUUUCUCAACAAAUGGAAACAAUCAAUUCCUUCAUCUGACGCUUGGCGCUCAUCAAGUUAUGCUCAAACCCGAGCCAUAUCACCAAAAGAAAUUCCCAUAGCUAGCCAAAACUCAUCCAGCUCUUUGCAAACGUCGAAAUUUGAGGACUCAGCAUCUUCAUUACCACAAAUGUCAAUGUCUGAGGAGGCAACUGAACAUGAUUCAGUUCCUGAGAAUAGGGCCCUAACUGUGCCAACUGCAGUAGCGGAAGAAAACAGUGACUCACUACAAAAAAACGCUGUUGAUUCACACUGGGCGAUAAACAGAGGAAUAGAAACAUCAAAUAAUAAAGUCAAGUACGAUUCUCAACCUUCUGUGUCAGCUUCUACUGCUGCUGACAGCUCCACAGCUACUCCUCCAGUAACUGCCGUUGAAGAGGAAAAGUCAGAAGAUAUCAAAGAGCAAUUGCAACGGCUUGAUCCUUCCGAGGAAAACGGGCAAGCCAUUAUUAUUCCAUUCAAAAGAGACAAGCCCAAAUCUUCCAAAGCAAAUACUGAAAAAAUUGCUCAGAAAAGGUUUUCCCUGUUCAAGUUUAAGCGCUCUUCUUAA